CUAACUUGGAUACAGUGAUCGAGUCAGAGAAGACGCACCGCAUAUAUUUCCUCGGCUCCAAACGCAGGUUUCCGCCGCCGUCCGCCGCCGCCGCCGUCGCCGAUUGCAUUUAAGCAAAAGUGAGCUGUUAAAUGUACACAAAAGCAGCAGAAGCAUAGCAGUAAACCAAUGAGGCUAAUUAUUUUCUCUCCCCGCAUGGCAAAAGCCAUCUUCAGCUCCCCCUUUCGCCCUUCCCCGCGGAAUUUCUCCACCGUCUGCCGGAAACCUAUCUCCGGCGCCAAUUUUUCAUUUUCAGUCGUUUUCCACCGCGAGUCUAGUGCGUCUAUGUUUAUGCCCGCGCGUUCGGUGAGUGCCUUGCGUGCGUUAUCUUAUAUGCAGGGGAGAUCCGGCUUGCAGCUGUCGAAAUGCUUAUCAUCGAUUUCGUCACCUGCUGCUAGUACUUUGGAUUGGAACGACGCCGUUUCAGGCUCGGAGGUUGAUAAUCGAGUGGCAAUGGAGGAGCUGGAGGAGGAGGAUGAUGAAAUUGGCGAUGCCCCCAACACUUCAAUUCCUGUUAGGGCAUUUUUCUUCUCCACGAGUGUGGAUUUAAGGAGCUUGGUUGAGCAGAAUAAACAGAGUUUCAUCCCUCCAUCAUCUAGAAUGACGAAUUAUGUUGUUUUUAGAUUUGGUGAUUUGAAGCCUGACCCGAAUGGUUCAGGUUCUAGUUUAGGUGGGAAUGAUUGCUGUUACAUGGUAGUUUUCCAAUAUGGCUCCAUUGUUCUAUUCAAUGUUCGUGACCAUGAAGUUGAUGGAUAUCUAAAAGUUGUCGAAAGGCAUGCCUCAGGAUUGCUUCCAGAGAUGAGAAAGGAUGAAUAUGAGGUGAGAGAGAAACCAACUUUAAACACAUGGAUGGAAGGUGGGCUUGAUUACAUUAUGCUGCAAUACCUAAACAUUGAUGGAAUUCGUACAAUUGGUAGUGUUCUUGGUCAAAGUAUUGCUCUUGACUAUUAUGUCCGUCAGGUUGAUGGAAUGGUUGCAGAAUUCACAGACAUCAACCGAGGGAUGGAGAAAACUGGGACCUUUACUAUGGAACGAAAAAAGCUCUUCCAGCUGGUUGGGAAGGCAAAUUCAAAUCUUGCUGAUGUGAUUCUUAAGCUUGGACUUUUCGAAAGAUCGGAUAUUGCCUGGAAGGAUGCUAAAUAUGCACAGAUUUGGGAGUAUCUGAGGGAUGAAUUCGAAUUAACUCAGAGAUUCGCCAGCCUUGAUUUCAAGUUGAAGUUUGUCGAGCACAAUAUUCGGUUUCUUCAAGAAAUUAUGCAGAACCGGAAAUCAGAUUUCCUCGAGUGGCUGAUUAUCAUCUUGAUAGGUGCCGAAAUCCUCAUUUCUGUCUACGAUAUUGCUCAUAAGUCAUCGAUUACGUCCCUGUAGAACACACGGCUCGAUCAUCUCAACAAUGUGAAUAUCCUCCUGAUCAUUAUCUGGUAAAAAAGUUUGAUGUUCUUUAUAUGCAAGAUUAAUCAUAGUUUUCUUCAUAAAUUGUUAAAAACUUUCAACAUGACAGUUGUUUUAGGAUAUUAAAGAUUUGAAUUUAGAAAUUGAUUUAUAUA